AAGGAGAAACCUUGGGGCUAGAGAAAGAAGGGAAACAAAAAGAAAAAGAAGAGGCCUUGGUUCCAAGAUGAAAACUGUCUUUGCUUUCCUUACCCUCUUAUCACUUCUUGUUCUGUUUGCUGGCAGAGACGUGGUUGCAAGAAAAGAUAUGGGAGGAUACUGGAAGAAUGUGAUGGACAACCAGGCAAUGCCAGAAGCAAUUCAAGGUCGUAUUGAUCAUCCAGAAACAGCAGGAAAAGGGGUUCAUUUUGCCAAGGAUUUCGAUCCUGAAUCAGACUGUACAAAAAAUAAAAAGUGGAUUGGUAAACCACCCCCUGCUGGAGAUCUAAUUCAUCCAGAAGCGGAGAAGUCACCAAUUAGCAAAGCCAAGCCUUAAUAAUAUAUAAGCAUUUUGACUGAUGACCCAAAUGGUGAUGUCUUAGGCUCUGAAUAAGGUAAAAUUAUGUCGUUAAUAGUUAAACGACGUGUCAUGAGAGUGUGUAAUGAAUAAAUACUUGUGUUACUGCAAAUAUUGAAACUUGAAGCUAACCAAGACGGUCUAGUACUACUGAAUAAGCGAGCCGUUGAGGAUCGGAGGAAGUUGUGUCUUCGUCUUCGAUGUUUCUGGUUUCUGUUUUUUGGAUGAAGGAAGUUUUUUAAUUGUGUUAUGUUUUGGUGCUCUCAUCUGUGUGCUGUAAAAUAUUUGAUUUUAUAAAUUAAUGAAGGAUCUGAUCUGAGUAUCAUGC